AGGAGAAGUGCAAGAUUGUUUCUCCGACGGAGUUCACUUUUCGGGCUCUUUCGAAUUUGCCACGGCACGCAUCUCCACCCACGUACCUCUGGCUGUAGAUACGACGCAUUCUAAUUCCAUUUCGUCGUGGGAACUGAAUAUAUAUAUCUAUAUAUGUAUCUGCGUGUGUAUAACGCAGAAGAAAGCCCACCGCAUUGCUCCUCCUCUGCGUCGUUUUUCUGUGGUUUCUUCUUCUCUGCGAGUCUCACCGUGUGCACAUCUCCGGACGUCUUUGUUGUUCGUUUCGCCGCCUUCUGUCCCUUUUUAUUUUUUUCUUAAAGUGCUGUUUUUGACGACGUCCUCGGAGGUGGUACUUACCAUUGAUAUUUCCUUGUGAGUGCAAUUCACGGUUUUCCAUUGUCGCAGCUCCCUUUCGUGCUGUCGCGUAUUAUCUUCACUUCUCCGGUGCGCAUCCGCCUGCCCGCGAGCUGCCGCAGAUAUAUAUAUAUUUACAUCGCUAUCGUUGUUGUUGCUCUUGCUUCCUUUUGCCGCUGCAAAGUUGUAGCGGAGCGUCGGCGCAGAGACUCGUUUCCCAGCUAUCAUUUUUAUUUGUUUACUUACCUUAGUUUCAAAAUAGGCGCACUACGCUCUGCUCUGCGUGCAACGCCCCAGGGCAAACCAGGGUGCAGUGUUUGGUGGGAGAAGGCCGUAUUCUAAAUACCUCUCCUGUAUACAAGCCCCCUCUCUAAAAAAAAAAGGAAGUAAAACGCAAAGGGAAAGGGAAAAUGAAGCGCACCUCGCGACUGCUAUGCUCUUCGUUUUACGCAUUGUGCGUCAUGCGGCUUGGGGGCCGCCUCGGCCGCCUCUGCGGCUCUGAGAAGGCGGGACGCGGCUGUGCGGUCUUCCUCGUCCUCGUCUGCGUGACUGCCUGCUUGGCGUUUGCGUUGGUCGAAAUCACCUACCUCUCCAGAUUCCUUCACCGCUCCCCUGGCGGCACGGCGCCGUCCGGUGUGCGGGCACCUCGUAUGGAUCAGUGGGGUAGGGACGUCAGCACCGAUCGUCACUUCGCCAUCGAGAGCCUUGCCUACGCAAACCUCCCAGCCGCUCAGCAAGCACAUCAACGCAGCCAGCACGCGGCGAUCGAGGAGCGGCGGCGGAAGGUGAUGGAGAUGAACGGGAGACGCAUUGUGCCUCGUGUGGCUCCCGGCGCACGGGAUCCGAACGCCUUUCGCCUCGACCCCGUGUUGGCUGCGUCGCUGCCACGACACGUCGAGGCGAUCGUAGACGGCAUCGCGCUUCUCCGCCCUCCCGGCACCCCGCCGCUGCCCUCCAUGCACACCUACUGGCGCACCUACACCGCAGACGAGCUGUACGCCCGCUAUGACGACCUCGAUUACCUUUACAGCUUCGUGAAUGGGACGGAGGCGAACCACAACUACCGCAAGAAAAUUCGUGUGAGCUGCGGAAGAGCGAUCUUGGCCUUGGAGGAGACGUACUUUCGGGAGCACUCACCCCUCCGCAAGGCGCAAGGUGCGGUGUUGACCGGUGAGGGUGCAGCACAGGAGGCGAUGGCUGCCGCGGAAGGACGGGGCACGGGCACGAAGGGCAGCGCGGACGCUGGCGCCGAUGUGCUCCGCACCUUGGACCACGAGUGCUCCUAUUACCACUCCAUGACGAACCUUACGAACGAUGUCUUUCUCAACCGCUUUAGCGGCUCUGCAACGGCGCAAACCGUCGACGAUCGCGAUCGCGAGACCGACGAGCUGCGGCACAGCAUUCGCAGUCUGGAGCAGCACGUCCAGUGGCACCGCGGGCGUGUGGUGAUUGUGUCGCCCGGGCACCACCCGACGUGGGUGGACGGCGCGAGGAACUUCCUUGCCGGUGUGUGCGGUGGCGCGUCCGUGCAGGCGCUGCGCUCGCGUGGCACGCAUCUGCGGCUGACGACGGUGCACCAGGACGCGCUGAUGCCGUACGGGAUGCGGCUGACGGCUGACUCGCACGUGAUUGAGCAGCACAUCUGGCGUGUGCGGAACACGACCGCCGUGCACGUGUACAUGAACGACGACUACUUCGUGAACCGCGACGUGGCCAUCACGGACCUGUUCAACGAGUACGGCGGCACCAUUGUGCGGACGGAGUCGGGCGUCGUUUCCUACGGCAAGACAGCAGACGAGGGCAUCUCAUGGGCCGAGGGCGUUGCGAACACGGAACUCUUCCUCAUUCAGCACCUGGAGCGUUCUCAAGAAGACGCCCUGCCACCGUCUCUGGCCCGGCACUGGAAGAAGGUGUUACGCUUGGAAGAAAAGGCGAGCGCGCGGCACAAGCUGUUUGCGCGUGUCAAGGAAAAGGAGGAGGGUGCUACCAGCGUGCGCGCAACGAGCGGGGAGGAGACGGCGAUGGAGGAGGAAAUACAGCGCGUGCUAAGCUUUCGUGAGCUGCUGCUGACGGCAAACAGCUCGUUUUACUGGGAGGCUGCGCUGGAGUCGCCCGUGACGGUCAGCCCGAUGCCGGAGGGCUCCCACAUCGGUGCCCUGCAGCGUUUCUAUGCGACACACGCACCCUUCGUAUACUGCACCAACAUGUUCCGUCACUUCUCUGUGCGCUUCGAGGGGGACAUGGCGCCGCUCCAGCUGCGGCAUCGUGAGCGAAAGGCGCGGGACUUGUUUGUGCCAUUCCUCUACAACGGCUUUAUCAUGGCACGGCCGUGGGAGGCGUCGGCCAAGUUCCUGCCUUACUUAUUGGAGCUGAGCGACGCCAGCGCGAUGGCAGCGGCAGACACGAAAACCGAUUUGGGCAGAAUGCCAGACGUCACGGCGCCGUACUUUCAGGAGAAGCUGCACGCCGCGUAUCAGCGGAAUUUGGCCAAGUACGUGCACAACGUAUCCAUCUACUUGGACAAUGACGACGGCUGCGCUCCGCCGACCCUGUACCGCAGCCCAUCCGCCGAUGUCGUCUACAUGCGCGCGCAAGAUGACUUGGAGCAGAACCAGCGCGCGAUGAAUGGCGUAACAUCCAAGGUGCCGCUGUACUUCAACAUCAACGCCGGCUUCACGUCCGCUGAGGCGGCGAAGCAGGUGAAGGAGUUCCUACACCGGCAGUACCCGACGCCCCUUUAUCUGGAGAAGGUGGAGGAGAAGGACAUGGCGCAUGGACUGGUACUCGAUACCCUGACGAAGGUCUUCACCGAUCUGAUGCAGCUCCCUAUUGUGGGUGUUGUGUCGUACGAGGAGGGCGUGUGCCCGCUGGUGCGCAGUCUGUCGCUCGCCUUCGCCGGCCACCACCGUGGUCGCGUGCACGUUGCUGUGCAGCGCUACGGAGAUGGCGAGGCCGACGAGACGCUGCGCGAGGCCCGCACGCGGCUGAGGAACCGUGUGAUCAGCGCUGUGCCCGUCACGGGCUGCUCCUACAAUCGCCAUGUCAGCAUCGGGACGGCGGUGCGCGGCGACAGCAUUGCCGAUCUCGCCUCUCGAAUUCUCGGUAACCAUGGAGCUAGUGUGGUGCUGCCGUCGACGUGCGGUGCCGGGGACGGUGGCGCUGCGGGGCUGCGCGUGCGUGGGUUUGUGAUGGACGCCCGCACGCCGCACGCGCCUGUGACGAGCACCGCUGCGCUGCGUGCUGCGCUGUCGAUGCCCGGGCAGACGCUUGCGUUGGAGGACUUCCGUGCGAUGCGUGUGGGACCGGAUGACCGUGACGUUGUGCUCGUGCUGGCCCGCGAGGACGCCGCGGCGAAGGCGGUGCACUGGAUCGACGGCGCAUCGGAGAAUGAUCUGCUCAUCACCUUUCCACUUCCUCUAAGGGAAUAUGAGGAAAUGGAGGCCACCGUCAAGUGGUCGAAGCCGUGA